ACACACAGCAGACUCAGACGUUGUCACGAUCAAAUGUUACCCCUGGAAACAACAAUAAAAACUGUGUACGUACUGUGUACAAGAAAUACAAUACGAGUAAAAGACAAAAAAGACGCCCAGUCGCUCUGCCGUUGCUAGAGACUCCAAGAGUGGAACCAUGGAUGUGGUGCGGUUAUUUACAAACCUACUAGCAGUGCACAGACAGCAGCUACAGGCUCUGGCUGUACAGGGGGAGAUCCAGACUGAGGCUCUGGCACAGUUACUGGAGAAGGAGGAGCUCAGGAGAAUGGAGCCAGAUGUGAAGCUGGAGGAGGUGAAGGAUCCUGAGGCCUACCUGCUGCUUUUGGAGGAGGCAGACUCCAACUCCAGGCUUUCUAAUGUGAAGUGGGGGCUCCUUGGUGGGGAGUGCCUCAGGUCAGGAGAGCCAAACUACGAGACACUGAGGGCUAGCCUGCAGAGCCAAGUCAGGGCAGAAGAGAGCCGACGGCAGGAGGACUUCAGCUAUCUGAGGUACGACCCUGAGAGAGGGCCCAGGGAGUUGGGGCAGGGACUGGAAUGUGCUGCCCAGCACUGGCUUCGGCCUGAGAGGAGAACGGCUGCGGAGGUGGUGAGGUGUGUGGCCCUGCAGAGGUUUGUGUCACUCCUGCCCACACACGUUGGAGACUGUGUGCUGAAACAGUGCCCCCAGGACAUGGAGGAGGCUAUCUACAUGGCUGAGGAGUACCUGAACAACACACCUGGGGAUAAGUGCAGUGAGAUGGACAACCACACUGAUGGAGAGGGAUACCCUGCAGACCAACUGAGAGAGGAAGAAGCAGGACCUGCAGAACAUCAAGUCAACAGUGAGAAGAUGAAAGUCACAGGAACAGGGUUGUUUCUGAAGAGGAUAGAAUUUUCUAAAGUCUGUCAGUCCAGUACUUUCAAAAUAGAUGCCAGACAUCUGGAGGACAUUUACAGUGAGGAGAGGAGACUUGAUGGAGAAGAUGAUUUGGUUGAGGAAGACAAUUUUUCUGAACAUGAGGACUGGAUUAAGGAGGAGAUAAAAUACAAUAACCAGGCUGAGGUAGAGGAUGAGAUCAGGUCAGCCUCUGAGAUGGGACAGUCUACUGAUGUGGAUAGAAAUACUGAUAAUGUUGAGAGAAGUCAGUUUAGAAACAUAGCAAAUCAGAUGCCCGUCUUUGGAAGGGCCAAGAGAGGUGUAUCUGCUCCUGUCAUCUCGUCCAGCCCUAACACCGCCGAGAAAGAGGGAGGAACACCCUGCUGCCUGAAGCGGAAAAACAAAGAAGAUCCCUUCCAUAGACCAAGCCACUGCUGUCAUGACUGUGGUAAGAGCUACAAACGGGCUGCUUUUCUCAGCAAACACAGUUGCAGUGCCUUCCCUAAGUUCAUCUGUCCUGACUGUGCCCAAGUCUUUGCCUCUCAGAAAUGCCUGACCCACCACCGCAGGAGCCAUAAUAAGGCUCUAGGCUGCUCGGAGUGUGGAAAGCAGUUUAGGGACAAGUAUAAUCUGAAAUGUCACAUGAGGACCCACACAGGUGAGUCCCCUUAUACCUGUACAGACUGCGGGGAUGUCUUUGCUCAGCUGAAAGGGCUGCAGGAGCACAGGAACAUCCACACAGAAGAAAGGCCAUUCCACUGCAGUGUGUGUGGGGAGGGCUUCCACCACAGCCACACCCUAACAAAACAUAAGCUUCUUCACUCCCAGGAGUCUUUCCUCUGUACUCGCUGUGGAAAGAGUUUUAAACUAAAUGACGACUUGCUAAGGCAUCUGAGGACGGUGCAUGAUGAAAGCAUGUACCUCAAUGGAGAUCAGAGUUUUCAUAAGAAUGGAGACAUUUCACCUAGGCCCUAUUGGAAUUGACUCUAUUUAAAAAAGUCCCCACUUAAAAUGUUCAACAUACUUCUUAUUAUUGGUGAGACUUGCGACGUCCCAGUUUAAAUCUUCGUCAUAAUUAUUAUUAGUGGGGCUUGUGAAGCAUUCUCUUACAUUGUUUAAGCUAGAAACAUCAUUCAAACUUUAAAACGUGCAGAACAGUCAAGACCAGUGUGCUUGCAUUCAACUUUUUGAUAUAUUUUAUUAUUUUUAAACUAUUAAGCUUUUUUGUCCUUUUUCACUUUCAUGUGAUUUCUUCAACAUUCUAAAUGUCCCAUUGUGACAUCAACUCCCAGACCUCCAGCAUUCCAUUUACUGUGAACAAUGAAACACAAACCUGAUGCCACUUUCUCAACCAUUUUGACAAAAAGUUAGAGCAUAUGAAAUCUUCCUCUACUUUGCUAUUCAAAUCUGAAAUUGGAACAAAAAUAUCAUACCGAUCAAACAAUACAGCUGUUUUACUAACUGCAUCAAUUACAUUUCUAUUAACUUUUUAUAAACAACCUAAAUUUGGACCACUUUCCCAGUUAGACAAAAAGUUAGAGCGUAUGAGAUCUUUGUCUACUUCUUUGGUAUUCAAAUCUGGAAUCAGAACAAAUGAUUUACUACUAAUCAAAAGUUACAGCUGUCUGAGUUUAGUGUGAUGAAAAGCAGCCAGCUAACAGCUCUCUGUUUCGUCAUUGAGCAGCCCAAACAGCCAUUGCAAUGGAAACUUGCAAAAACUUAAAGGUUAUGACAUCUGGUCUACAUCUCUGCUAUUCACAUUUGGAAUCGGAACAUAAUUAUCUUCUACCAAUCAAAAGUUACAGUUGUUUGUCCGAGUUGAGUGGCGAAAAGUAACUAGUUAACGCCAACUAACAGCUGUCUCAUGCCACCUCAAAUUGUAUAUGCAGGGGUCCCUUGUGAAAGAGACCCUGGGGUCAUUGGGGACUCCCUAAAGGUAAAAUUUUAAAAAUGUAGCAGACCAGAAGGAGCCAUUGCUAUGGAUACUCUCAAAAACGUAGAGAGUAUAACAUCUUGGACUCAGCUAUUUAAAUCUGGAAUAAGAACAGAACGAUCUUCUACCAAUCAAUAGUUACUGAGUUUCUGCAGUUUGUCAGAGUUUAGUGACAAAGUAGCUAGCUAACAUCAGCUAAAAGCUCUCUCAGCCCAAACAGAGCCGUUGCUAUGGAUACCAAUGCAUUUCAUUGGCUGAAAAGGGGCCAUAGACUACAAUGAAAAAAAUAUAUCCUUUUUCAUUGUUUAAGCUGUCAACGUCAAAUCAACGAUGAGAUGUUCAGUCUGACCAUACUUAGAUUUGCUUGUCAAAAUAUUUUUUUACUAUAUACAUACUUUUUUUUUUUACUAUAACCAUUAAAUGUGCAUAAAUUACAUGGGUUUUAAUGAGAACCAUAGGAAUACAGAGGUAGAUAUUCAAAAUGGUUUCGCUUCUGGCCAAUUAAGCUACAAGACAGUCAGGCUAUCCUAACUUCAAAUUCUUUGAAAUGUCUAACUACAUACAUUUUUAUUCAUUCGCAUAAAAUAACUAUUGAACCAUUUAAGCUAGAGAGAACAACCAACUUUUGCAUGUUCAGGCUAUCCUAAAUUUUAAAUCUUUGUAACUAUAUACAUUUGCAUAAAAUAACCCACCAACAGUAAUUGUUGAACCGUUCAAGCUAGAGACAUCUUUUGCUAUGGAUACUCACACAUGCAGAGGAGCACAUGGGGCAGCGCAGGAAGAAAAGGACAGACAGAGACAAUUCUGCUAUGGAUACUAGCGGAGAAAGUUAUUGUAUUUCUAAUUUCGGGUUGAGCAAUCGGGCCAGGGUAGGGUAGGGCCUGAACGUCGAUGCCAUGGGUAGGUUUCUGCUUUUUUUUUUUUUCAAACUUCUAACCACUUUCCCAUCAGGCUUGACAGACACUUAGUGUAUGACAUCUUCCUCUACACUGCUAUUCUAAUAUGUUCCCAGACUCCGCCAAUAACAUGGAGUUAAGCACCGCUGUCACUAGCUUCAUAAGGAAAUGCAUCGGUGACGUUGUCCCCACAGUGAAUAUUCUUCCUCAAUCAAAGCCCUGGAUUAACACUGAGGUUGGUGCUAUACUAAAGGACAGGGCUACCACACACAGGGCUAUCACAGACAACCCUGAGGCUACGGCUAAGGACAGGAACAAGUUCAAGUCCCGCAAUGAUAUAGUAAUAAGGUGGAAUCAUACUACACAGGCUCCGACGCCCACCGCAGGUGGCAGGGGCUACAGCCGUGAUCUGCCCAACAAUGCCUCUUGCAGACAAACUCCAUGGAUUUUAUGCAUGCUUUGACAAUAACAACACUGUGCUUGAGGGCCCUCACCAACCCAGAGGACUGGGUGAUCUUGUUCUCCGAGACUUACGUGAGGAAGGUCUUUAUUCAGGUCAACACUCACAGGGCUUACGGGCCUGUUCUCAGAGCAUGCACAGAUCAGCUUGCAGGCAUAUUCACUGUAAUUUUCAACCUCUCCUUGUCCCAGUCUGUAAUCCACACGUGUCUUAAGAUAACUACCAUUAUUCCUGUUUCCAAAAACUCUUAAAGCUUUAUGCCAAAAUGACUACCGCCCUAUAGCACUCACAUCUGUAAUCAUGAAGUGCUUUGAAAGGUUAUUCAUCCCAGACACCAGACAUACUGCCUCAACAGAUCCAUAGACGAUGCAAUCUCAAUUGCGCUCCACACUACCCUCACCCACCUAGAUAAGAAGAGAUUUUUCUAUGUGGGAAUGCUGAUCAUUGAUGACAGCUCAGCGUUCAACACUAUUGUCCCCUCCAAGCUCAUCACCAAGCUUAGGACCUGCUUGUUUGUUAUUUUACCUGCUUGCUUGUUAUUUUACUGUAAACUUUUAUUUAAUCAGUGGAGCCCAAUUGAGACCAGUGUUUCAUUUUCAAUGGUGCCCUGAGACCACAAAGCUAAAAAAAUAUUACACCACACCAGAAAAUCACUAACAUCACAGCCAUCAUAAGCAGGUUACUAAAUCAAUCAAAACAAUUGUACACCUCAAACUCAUUUAUCAACUGGGUUUUAAAAUGCCUUAGUAGCACCAGGGAAUUCAAAUGUAAUGAAUUUUGUAAUUGAUUCCAAAAAUGUGGAGUGUGAACUAAAAGCAGAUUCACCUAAUUCUGUGGAGAUCUGAGGAUUCUGAAGAUAACCAACCCUGUAAAUGGGUUUGCUAAUCUCAUUCUUUAAUACGUUAGCAACAAAGUUCGGUAAUUUGGAAGCUUGUGUAGUAGGACUUUGGGAACAAAAAGGGAGUAAUACAUUGAUCUACGUGACUUUAAUGAGGACCAGCCAAUCUAUUUAUAAAAAAGUACAUUAAACCCACAUUAAAUCUUAGCUUUUUAACUAGGUCAUUCGUAUGUUUUUUAAACAUUAAAUACUUUGUCAAUCCAGAUAUUUGUAGGCGGGAACCUGAUCAAUGGGAGAAACAUCCAAUGAAUAAAUGUGUAUUCCAUCUGAAAUAUUCUUGCGAGAACUAGAGAACAACAUGUAUUUCAUCUUGAUCGCAUUAAGUACAAGUUUUAAACCAACCAGGGUUUUCUGAAUGGUAACAAGGUCAGAUUGCAGCUCUAAUAUAGCCUGUUCAACAGUUGGGGCAAUGGCAUACAUAACAGUGUCAUCUGCGUACAGAUUAAUAUUACACGUUUUAACAGAUAGACUAUUAUUUAAAUAAAUAGUAAAGAUAACAGGUCUUAGUAUGGACCCCUGCGGUACACCUUGUGUAAUAUCCAGAAAACUAGACUUAACACCACCAGAGAUCACACAUUGAGUCCUGUCUGACAGAAAGUUUUCAAACCACUUGCAAGAAGCUUGAUCCAGGCCUAUUCAGUUAACCUUUGAAUAAGAAUGUGAUAGUCAACAGUAUUGAAUGACUUGGAAAGGUCUAUAAAUAAGGCAGCACAAUGAUUUAACAAUUUUAACACAUCAUCAUAAACAAGUGUAGCAGCUGAAACUGCUAUGUCCAGAUCUAAAACAGGAUUGGUGCACAUUAAAAAUAGAGGGAGAAGUUAAAGUUUUUGCUGAAAGUUAGUCUGGGAUUCUAAAACUUUGGAAAGGCAACAUAAUUUGGAAAUUGGACAGGAGUUAACUAAGUCAGAAGGAUCUCCUCCUUUAUGUAGUGGGAGAACAUUUGCCGCUUGCCAUAUCUUCUAGAUAACACCAGAAACAAUUUUCAAGUAAAACAUAUAGGUCAGUGGUUCUGCAAUAAGUGGGGCAGAGAGCUGCAAUAAGAAGAAAUCAAGUGAAUCAGCCUCUAUGUUUUUUAGCAAAGUACAUCAUAGACAUCAAAGGGUUGAAAUGAAAAUAAAGUAUGAGUCUGUUCGUGCAUCAUUCUCUACAAUCUGUUCUGAGGUGACUAAAGGACUCCCUCUAGUGGGAUGAGAUUCAUUUUCAGAGAUGAUCCUUUCAAAGAGUUGGCCAGUUGAAGCAAAAUGGUUAUUAAAAGCACCAUAAAUGUCAAUUUUGUCUAGAAUGGGACCAGAGGCUGUCAACCUGCUGAGGCAACGAGGGGGUGGAGUUUUGUUUAAAGGAUUUGACCACUUUCCAGAGGUUGGCUGGAUUGCCACCACUCUGAAAAACAAUUCAAGAAAUAUAAUGAUUUUGCUUUUGAAACCAGGGAUAGACAUCUGUUUCUCAAAUCUCUGAAGGACUGCCAAUCAGAUGGUGAAUCAUUCCAUCUAACCUUAGCCCAAGCUACAUUUCUUUCCUGUAAUUUCUCUGACAAUUCAUGCGUAAACCAAGGAUUACAUCAGUCUUUUACCCUUAAACAGGGAUAUUAAAAAAUUAAGGGUUAAGGGCCUGAUCCACAUCAGUGAUAUUUGACACAAUCCCCAAGUCACUCAAACCCAGCUCAGAAAAAAUGUGCUCAUUAAAAUUCCUAAAAUGUAUCUUUAUAAUAAUGUGUGAGCAAUAUUUAGGUAGUUUACAUAUUAUUAUAGAGACAUUCUAGGAAUUUUAAUGAGCAAAAUGUUUUGUCUGGAUGGCAAUGGUGCUACAGAGAGUGUUGUGGACAGCCCAGUACUUCACUGGAGCCGAGCCCCCUGCCAUCCAGGACCUGUAUAUCAGGUGGUGUGAAAGGAAGGCCCGGAAAAUCUUUAAAGACUCCAGCCACCCAAGCCAUAGACUGUUCUCUUUGCUUCUGCAUGGCAAGUGGUACCGGUUAAUUAAGUCUGACACCAACAGGCUCCUGAACAGCUUCUAUCCCGAAAAUAUAAUACUGCUAAAUACCUUACAGAAUGGUUACACGGACUAUCUGCGUUAACCCUUGUAUUUUAUUUGUGUUGUCUCUAUGCACUCACAGGAUUCUACACAGUUAUGCACACUGACAGUCCAAAACAUAACAUGCACACACACACUCCCAUACAAUCAUAAUUUAUGCUGAUACUAUGUUUAUCAUAUAUCCUGAUGCCUAGUCACCUUACCUGAUACAUACUCUAUAUAGGACCAAAAGUAUGUGGACACUUGUGGUGGAAAAAGUACCCAUUUGUCAUACUUGAGUAAAAGUAAAAAUACCUUAAUAGAAAAUGACUCAAGUGAAAGUCACCCAGUAAAAUACUACUUGAGUAAAAGUCUAAAAGUAUAUGGUUUUAAAGGCGUUCAAUGGAGUUGAGGUUUGGGCUCUGUGCAGGCUAGUCAAGUUCUUCCACACCGAUCUAAACAACCAUUUCUGUAUGGAUCUUGCUUUGUGCACAGAGGCAUUGUCAUGCUGAAACAAGAAAGGGCCUUCCCCAAGUUGGAAGCACACAAUCGUCUAGAAUGUUAUUGUAUUCUGUAGCGUUAAGAUUUCCCUUCCCUGGAACUAAGGGGCCCGAACCAUGAAAAACAGCCCCAGACCAUUAUUCCUCCACCGUCAAACUUUACAGUUGGUACUAGGCAUUCAGGCAGGUAGCGUUCUCCUGGCAUCCGCCAAACCCAGAUUUGUUCGUUGGAGUGCCAGAUGGUGAACCGUGAUUCAUCACUCCACAGAACGCGUUUCCACUGCUCCAGAGUCCAAUGGUGGCGAGCUUUACACCACUCCAGCUAACGCUUGGCAUUGCGCAUGGUGAACUUAGGCUUGUGUGCGGCUGCUCGGCCAUGGAAACCCAUUUCAUGAAGCUCCAGACGAACAGUUCUUGUGCUGAUGUUGCUUCCAGAGGCAGUUUGGAACACAGUUGUGAGUGUUGCAACCGAGGACAGACCAAUUUUACGCAUUUCCGCACUCGGCGAUCCCGUUCUGUGAGCUUGUGUGGCCUUCCACUUCCCGGCUGAGACGUUGUUGCUCCUAGACGUUUCCACUUCAUAAUUACAGCACUUACAGUUGACCGGGGUAGCUUUAGAAGGGCAGAAAUUUGACAAACUGACUUGUUGGAAAGGUGGCAUCCUAUGACGGUGCCACGUUGAAUGUCACUGAGCUCUUCAGUAGGCCAUUCUACUGCCAAUGUUUGUCGAUGGAGAUUACAUGGCGUGUGCUCGAUUUUAUACACCUGUCAGCAACAGGUGUGGCUGAAAUAGCCGAAUCCACUAAUUUGAAUGGGUGUCCACAUACUUUUGUAUAUAUAGUGUAUCUACCUCUAUCACUCCAGUAUUCCUGCACAUUGUAAAUAUGGUAUUGAAACUGACCCUGUAUCUAGCUUCUUACUUUCUCAUGUUCUUAUUUUUAUUUGUGUCUUUCUGUUCUACCUUAUGUUAUUUUUAGUGCUACAUUGAUAUUGAUUACUUCAUUGUUGGGUUUAGAGCUUGCAAUAAAUGCAUUUCACUGUACUUGUGCAUGUUACAUUAAAAACUUAACUUGAAAAACUAUAAUAAAAUGUUAGUUUCUAUCUGA